CGGCAGACAACAAAAAUGUGGAACGCUGAUGUGGUUUUUGAUUAAAGCGUAGAUUUGGUUUUUAAUUAAAGGAAGGGAGACUUUGCAAUCUAUCUUACUUGUAAAGUCAAGUGAUCGUAUAAGCUACUGCAAGAGUUGCUUGCCGUUAGAUCUUGAGAGGUGAACAAUCCUGACGCCCCGCGUUAUACGAAAGAGUGCAUAUACAGCAAACGACGUCGUAUCGUGUCCCACUGAUUAUCCCGACAGCCCAGGUUUUCAAAUCUCUCUCUCUCUAUCUAUCUUAUUUCGUCGUCGUCCCGUUGGAGCCAAAUCAAAUGGCAACAAAAGACCUCAGAUGAUUCUAUCUCUAACGUUAUCGAUUUUUUUUAAGACAUCCCACAUUGUUCUUCCUAGAUCUGUAAUAGUAUAUAUAUAUAAUAAUCCAACGCAUUUGGUACGAGGUUUUGUUCUGUAAUCCCGACAUCGAGAUUGGGAUGUUUUGUUCGAAGAGCAAGAUGAUGAUUCGAUUUGGGAUCUGAAGAAGAAGAAGAGAGCACAUUGUGUGUUUUUUUUUGUUGUUGUCUCUGGGUGAUAUAAGAGAGAGAGAGAGAGAGAGAGAGAGAUGGAUCCAAUAUCGGCGGUUAGCGAAGAGCUGGCUGAGAUCGAAGGACAGAUCAAUGACCUUUUCCGCGCUUUAUCGAAUGGAUUCCAGAAGCUGGAGAAGAUCAAAGAUGCUAAUAGGCAGAGUAGGCAGCUCGAAGAUCUCACUGACAAAAUGCGUGACUGCAAGAGCCUUAUUAAAGAUUUCGAUAGGGAAGUCAAAAGCUUGGAAGGCGGCGGGAACGAUGCCAACACUAACCGUAUGUUGAACGAUAGACGACAAUCUAUGGUUAAGGAACUAAACUCAUAUGUCGCUCUUAAGAAGAAAUAUUCAUCCAGUCUAGCUAGCAAUAAUAAGCGAGUUGAUCUUUUUGAUGGACCCGCUGAAGAAAACAUGGAAGAGAAUGUCUUAUUAGCUUCCAACAUGUCCAAUCAAGAACUCAUGAAUAUAGGAAACUCCAUGAUGGAUGACACUGAUCAAGCCAUUGAGAGAGGCAAAAAGAUUGUUCAGGAGACUAUAAAUGUGGGAACAGAUACUUCAGCGGCUCUCAAGGCUCAGACCGACCAAAUGAGUAGAGUUGUCAACGAACUCGAUUCUAUUCAUUUCUCACUCAAGAAGGCCUCCAAGCUGGUCAAGGAAAUUGGUAGGCAGGUUGCCACGGACAAAUGUAUUAUGGCAUUUCUUUGCCUUAUUGUCAUUGGUGUCACAGCAAUCAUCAUCGUCAAGAUUGUGAACCCAAACAACAAAGACAUCCGUGACAUACCAGGCCUAGCUCCACCAGCCAUGAACAGACGUCUACUCUGGAACCAUUACUGAAAACGUUUGGGCACACGCUUCUUGCCGCUGUAGUUGAAACCGCCUCGCUUGAGGAAAGUAACAAGUUUUUGUUCCCAUGGCGCAUGACUGCUCUGCUCAUUUCAGAAAUUGAAGGAAUCAAAAUUCCCUUUCGUUACAAAACAAGAAUCAAAAGCCAAUCUAUUUUUUUUUUGUUCAUGUGUUUGUAUAACAGUGACUCUUUUAUGUGCCUAUAUCAAUGUGUAUUUUUGUAAACGUAGUCUAUGUUUCCUGUUCUGGUAAUAACUAUUUGUUCCUCUG